AUGCGGUUUGUUUGGCUUCCAGAGACUGCAAGUAUCCUGGCGUCAGUCUUUUUACUCUAUAUUCUCGCAGCCCUUUUAACCGUCUAUGAUGGAAAACCCGUGUUUGAAUGGAAAGGCAUCACACUGAACGCUGUGGUGUCUACUCUUUCGACAGCAUCGAAGGCAGCUCUGUUGCAUGCAAUCUCGGAGCUGAUCAGCCAGUGGAAAUGGAUUCUCUUCACCAGAAAAAGUCGUCCAUUGCUGGAUUUCGAGAGAAUAGAUGCCGCCAGUAGAGGGCCACUGGGAAGUUUGACCCUGAUGUGGAAGUGGAGAUCCAUUGGGUGUCUUUGCUUAGGCGCUUUGGUUGUGCUCCUCAGCAUUGCCGCCGACCCCUUCACUCAGCAGCUUAUCCAAUAUGAACAGGUCCUGGUUCACACCGAGGACACGAACACAACAGUGAAUAGAGCAGGACGCUUUGCAAAGGGCACUAGCAUCUACAUCACCUCCACCAUACCAUCGUCAGAUUACUUCAACGCAACUACCAACACCACCUACGGUGUAGACCCCUUGAUGCAGUCAGUCGUAGUCGACGCAGAUCUUUCCAUACAGUCGGCCAUCAUGUAUGGACUAGACCAACCGAUCCACAACGUUGUUCAGCAAAGCACCUUUAAUUGCCCUACUGGGAACUGCACGUGGCCUCCUUUCGAGUCGCUUGCGGUUUGCAACCGCUGCACCGAUCUCACGAACAGCCUUCAACGUAUCGUCUCAAACGGUAACCAAUCCUGGUGUUUAAAGAAGGACAAUAGUACAGUAGUCGCCUCCCGUGGCAGUGGCACCGCAUUUCGACUUCCUAGUGGUCUCUACCUCGACAACACAAAUGGUUUUAUUCCUUAUUUCUUCAAGUCGAAUAUUGGUUACGGCGCGAUUAUGUUGGCAACACUUGGGACAGCCAAGGCGUCUGAGACCACAAGCACACAAGGCCUGGACACCCUGAUCUGGUCGAUGUCGAUGAUACGUGCUGACCUGAAUGACUUGGAUGACAAGGCGACUUGGCCCGAUAUCCCAGUUUCUGCAAUGGAGUGCGCGCUGUACUACUGCGUUAAAGAUUAUGAGAUCACUGUAUCCAGUGGCAUCGUUCGAGAAGUCAGCAAGCAAGUCACGGACAUCACUCGGGUCAAAGACUCGUGGGACGUCGGGAAGGGUUAUGCCAGCCUGAUGAACGAGUCGCAAAUCAACAGCAUAGCUUUCGACAACAUCGUCUCGGCAAUCCAUCGCUCGGACCUAACGCUCUUUUCGGCGGCAUCUGGUAGCCGCUUCAACAUAUCAUCAGGGGCAGUCAACAGCAUUAGCAACUAUUUCCAGUCCACAUUCGCCUCGCAACCUCGUGAGUUGGCAAUAACGGAUACCUCGGCCAAGACAGGGAGGUUGAACGGGUACUACAUGAGAUCAACACAGAUCGAGUAUGAGCCAAGCGUUAUGCAAGCUCUCUUCUCAAGCACGGAUUUAAACGCAACUUUCACAGCAUUGGCAGCCAGCAUGAGCAAUGCAAUGCGUACCGGGGCAGAUGAGAGCUUUGAAGGGGUUCCGAUUAGUGUGGCUGGGGAAAAGGGGGAGUUAACAACGUACUACCGAAUCGUCUGGCCCUGGAUCUGUCUUCACUGUCUCAUUGUCCUGGUUGGUGCAGUAUUCCUGGGCAUCACGAUCUGUGAAAACCGGCGAUAUGGCCGGAUGGUGCCCUUGUGGAAAUCGAGUAGUCUGGCAAUUGCGAGCCGUGGGAAGUUGGUGACGGAUGUUCUGUCUGGCAUGCAGACGGCAAAGGACUUGCGUAACAAGGCAAGAGUUUCUCGGGUGACGUUUUUUGACAGCAGUGACGUGGCAAGCCCUUCUCAGGAGCGUCUUCAUUUCGAGUGCCUGGAGGAUAAAUCUUAG